UCUGUUCUUUCUCUCUGUUUCUCUGUUCUUUCUCUGUUUCUCUCUCUCUUUCUUUCUCUGUUCUUUCUCUCUCUCUUUCUUUCUCUCUCUGUUCUUUCUAUCUGUUUCUCUCUCCGUUCUUUCUCUCUGUUUCUGUGUUUCUCUUUCUGUUUCUCUCCUUUUUCUGUUUUUCUCCUUUUCUCUGUUUCUCUCCUUUCUCUCUCUUUCUCUCUGUUUCUCUCUUUUUCCCUCUGUUUCUGUGUUUCUCUCCUGUUUCUCUCCUGUUUCUCUCUCUCUUGAUCUCCUGUUUCUCGCUCUUUCUCUCUCUCUCUUGAUCUCCUGUUUCUCUCUGUUCCUUCUCUCCGUUUUUCUCUGUUCCUUCCCUCUGUUUCUCUCUGUUUCUCUGUUUCACUAUGAACAGGACGCAGCUGAAACGAACAAGGAUUUUAAAGAUGGCUCUGAGUAACUCUGAUCCCACUGGACCAGAUGGGAAAAAUGAGCAGUUUCUCAUGCGGGCGAUAAAGAUCACAUUUGUAGUGGCUUUGUACUGGUUUGUGUCCAUCACCAUGGUUUUCCUCAACAACUACCUGCUGGACAGUAAAGAUCUGGACGCCCCUCUGUUUGUCACGUUUUUCCAGUGUGUGGUGAGUGUUGGACUCUGCUGCAUCAUGAGCUUGUUGUCCUCAUUAAAGCCGGGAUAUGUGGACUUCCCCUCCAUUAAAGUGGACAUGAAGGUGUCUAUGCAGAUUUUACCCCUUUCUUUGGUGUUCAUCGCCAUGAUCACCUUUAAUAACUUGUGCCUGAAGCAUGUCGGAGUCGCUUUCUACACAGUGGGCAGAUCUCUGAGCACAGUGUUUAACGUCCUGCUCAGUUACAUCAUCCUCAAGCAGACCACGUCACUAUAUGCACUGAUGUGUUGUGGCGUCAUUUUGGGUGGAUUUUGGCUUGGUGUGGAUCAGGAAGAUGCCGCUGGCUCUCUCUCCUGGACCGGGGUGAUAUUUGGGGUCCUAGCUAGUGCCUUUGUUUCUUUAAAUGCCAUUUACACCAAGAAAGUGAUGCCCGUGGUGGAUGGAAGCAUCUGGAAGCUGUCCUACUAUAACAACCUGAACGCAUGUGUGCUCUUCAUCCCUCUCAUCCUCGCUUUCAGAGAGCUUCCAAACGUCUUUGAGUUCGGCCGUGUCUCCGACGUGCAUUUCUGGGGCAUGAUGGUCCUUGGGGGUUUCUUCGGCUUUGCCAUUGGCUACGUGACGGGAAUGCAGAUUAAAUUCACCAGUCCUCUGACGCACAACGUGUCGGGGACGGCGAAGGCAUGCGCUCAGACCGUCAUUGCUGUUGCGCUCGAGCACUCUCACAAGAGUGUUCUGUGGUGGAGCAGCAACAUGAUGGUCCUAGGAGGAUCAUUUGCCUACACCUGGGUCAAAGGACUGGAGAUGAAGAAAGGUAGCAGAGGUCAGGACACUCCAGCUACAGGAGAGAAACCUAAAGCUGACGCAGGUGUAUGAGGAAUGAAAAGGGAUUUUUUUUUAAAUGGUACACUGGACUAAAGGACAGGUAUAAAACAAAUGAAUAUAAAUUAUUUCUGUAUAAUAUGAAACAUUUUUUUUGUAUAAGUUUUAAACAGGUGAACAUUUGAAUAAAAUAAAGGGUCACUGUAAAGAAUCACUUUAUACCCGUUAAAUUUUCUUCAGCGCACAUCAACAACACGACUCUUAAACCUGGCGAGCCGAGACGAAGCCUGACACAUACCCACUGCUUCACUUUGCCGCUGAAUAAAGGUCUUUUUAUAACCUCGAAUGUUUAUCCCCUUAAAAGAUACAGACCCAAAGAGGUGCCUUUAAUACAAUCACACGCAUGUUUCUUCCAUGAGGAGAAUCUCGUGCAUUAGGAGAUCAAGCUCUUGGAUUUUACUUUUUUUUUUUCCUAGUAGAUGUUAAAAUUACACAAGUAAGUAAGUAAGGAUUUGUAGACAUCAUUCCAUAAUUGCUGGAACAAGUUCUCGGUUCAAAACUCCUAUGUGUAAACCAGUUCUGUAAAAAUGUCUGAUUUUGUACAAUCUUGUAGAAAUUAUUUUAGCUUCAUCUCCACACACUGAUUUGUGAUCUUACUUUUUGGAUUUAAACUAGAUCCCUUUUUAAUAAGUGUGUUAUAACUGCACAACUAAUGAUGGUUUUUAUAAACCCCUGAAGCCUGGAAAAGAGCUAGUUCACAGGUUACGUUUCAGAAUGUCACCAUUUCUGCCUUACAUUCCAAGUAAGACUACAGUGUUGAGUUUUUAGGGUAUCGAAUAUUGUUUUGUGACAAUACAGAAGUCUCUGGACACUGAUUGAGAGGAAAACAUCUUUUGUGAAUGAAACAAGACUAACUGGCAGCGAACUCCUACCAGCAUAUGGUAAUAUUGGUGCACACGGUGCUCGUAUGUGUAAAGUUCUUAAAACCUGAAGAGUGUGUGUGUGAUGUUUGAAUAUUAUUUUUCUUAUUUGGGUUUUCUCUUUAUCACCUGCUCUGUAUGUAGGGCUAUGAUAUGGUUACGUGUGUAUGUUUACAUGAAUGACAUUUUUCUUUUUGAAUCACGUGUAAGGUAGAUGCUGUGUUUGUUCCAUUUUGAAUGAAGACACUAAUGGAAGAGAUUCUGUAAUUAAACAUGAGUCCACCCUUU